GGGAGGAGCCAGAGUGAUCAACAGCAAUGAUGGUUUAUUGAAAAGCUAAAGUGUGUUUGUUAGACCUGAGUGCUGUAUGGGACACCAUGGAGCAAACGACAAUUGUACUAAUUGUCUUUGGAUUUUUACUUCCCUGCAUCACCUCGGCCCCAACCAAGCAGCAACGAGAUGUUGACAUCUACAGUUUCCACAUCAACUCUACAGUAACCAGCCGCUACGCCAUCAGCGUUAUCACAAGCCGUGUGGCGAACAGGAUCAAUGAAUCCAAAGAAGUUCAUUUCGAGGUCAAGAUACCAAAACAUGCUUUCAUCAGCAAAUUCAAGAUGACCAUAGAGGGAAAGACGUAUGAUGGAGUUGUGAAGCAGAAAGAAGAAGCACAGCAACAGUACAGUCAAGCAGCAUCUCGAGGAGAAAGUGCCGGGCUUGUCAGCUCAGUAGGAAGGACUCUGGAGGAGUUUAAAACCUCAGUGACAGUGGCGGCUUUCAGUAAGGUGACCUUUGAACUCACUUACGAGGAGCUGCUAAAGCGACGACUUGGCAAAUACGAGUUACGAAUCAAUGCCCAACCAAUGCAGCCUGUGGCAGAUUUCAAGAUUGAUGUCUACAUUAAUGAGCAUCCAGGUAUUUCCUUCCUGGAGGUAAAAGGAGGGCUGAAAACUCAGGAGCUGUCCAGUGCUGUAAUCAGUACUCUGGCCUCGUCUACCAAAGAGGCAUGGGUGAAAUUUUACCCCACUCGCGAGCAGCAAACAAAGUGUGAAGGUUGUGGAGAAAAUGGACUAAACGGAGACCUGCUCAUAGAGUAUGAUGUGAAGAGACCAAACCAAAAUGGAGAAUUGCAGGCAUCAAACGGCUAUUUCGUCCACUACUUUGCACCCACAGAUAUUCAGCAAAUCCCAAAAAAUGUGGUUUUUAUCAUUGAUCGAAGUGGCUCUAUGCAUGGCAGGAAAAUUGAUCAGACUCGUACAGCGAUGUUGAAGAUUUUGGGAGAUCUUGCUGAGGAUGAUUACUUUGGCCUGAUAAUCUUUGACUCUGAGGUAGAUGUCUGGAAAGCUGAACUCCUGCAAGCCACAGAGUGGAACGUGAAGCAGGCAAAGAACUUUGUGAAGAAUAUUAAUGAUCGAGGAGCCACAGACAUCAAUGCUGCAGUGCUGAAGGGGGUGGAUAUGAUCAAGAGAUACCCCCGAGAGGGCUCUGCCUCCAUCCUCAUCCUGCUCACUGAUGGAGACCCCACUUCAGGUGAAACAAACACACAGAGAAUUCAGGAAAAUAUCAAAAAGGCCAUUGGUGGUAAAUUUCCACUUUACUGCCUGGGGUUUGGAUUUGAUGUAAACUUUGAUUUCUUGGAGAAAAUGGCUCUGGAAAAUGACGGAGUUGCUCGCAGGAUCUAUGAGGACUCAGAUGCUGACCUCCAGCUACAGGGUUUCUAUGAGGAAGUAGCCACACCGCUCUUAACUGAUGUCCAACUGAACUAUAUCGGAGCAGCAAAUCUCACCCAGACCAGUUUCAGGCAGUAUUAUAACGGCUCAGAGAUCGUGGUAGCUGGGCAAAUCACAGACAACAGCCUGGAGACUUUCCAAACUGAGGUCAUCGCAAUCUCAAAAAACACAAACGUAACAUACCAGGACUCCGUGUCGACAAAAGACGUCAUUGAUGUUUUACCACAACAUGAAAACUUUAUCCAGAGGCUGUGGGCUUAUCUUACAGUGAAACAGCUCCUGGAGAAAGAAGUGGCACUCAAAGGAGAGGAGAAAGAAGCAGCCAGAAAAAAAGCUCUGGAUCUCUCUCUGAAGUAUGAAUUUGUGACUCCACUCACCUCCAUGGUGGUCACUAAGCCACAGGAAGAGGAGACACAGGUUGCUCAUAAACCCAAAGAAGGGGAAGAGCCACCCACAUAUCAGCAUAGACUGGCCCACCUGCCUCCAUUGCGAUACCCAGGUCUACCAGGUCAACCAGGUCUACCAGGUCUACCAGGUCCACCAGGUCUACCAGGUCUACAAGGUCUACCAGGUCUACAAGGUCAUAAAGAUGAUGCACGUCCACCAAAAAUGUUAUAUUUGUUAGACUAUGAUUAUGGCGUAAUACUGGCAAGGGCUACUUUAGGCAGAGCUUCAGCACAGGACGUUAAUGUAGGACAACAAGCACCACCACCACCACCACCACCACCACCAGAUAUCAUGGCAACAUUCAUCAGCAAAACUGAAAUACUUCCCACCUCAGCCAGUGCAGUGAGCGGCGUGAGGUUCUUAAUCUCUGCUCAGCCAAAACAGAUCUGUUAUGACGCACCUGUAGGCCAGAAACUCCGCCUCCUUUUGGAUCACUCAUCAGACCUGUCUAUAAAUGGCCAACUCUCGGAUGAAGGCUUUAAGCUCAUUGCUAUUCAUUAUAAAACAGCGAAGCUUCUCGUGAGCCCUGCCAAAAGCAUCUACACUGAUGGAGAGAACACUGUGACGUUUGUAUGGGGGCAGCCGGAUCCCAACAGCCACGAGUCAGACAGCAUGUCAAUUUUUCUAAGGAACAACGAAUUAGACGUCACAAUGGGAACUGUGCGUGUUGUUUUCCUCCUUCAUAAGAAAGCUGGGGAUGUUUUUCUGUGGCCUGUUGUUCAUCAACAGCCAAAAAAUGCUAACAUCCAAGGCAUUCUGGGAAAAACUGAUCUUCAGUUUGAGGAGCUCUCAGGAUCAAAGCUGAAAAUCAAGGACCAGGAAGUUAAGGCAUUCUGGAGCUCUGCCACUGACUACAGAUUUCCUGCAGCCCCUACUGUGGAAUGCUGGCUUGUACCAUUCCAGUCUGCUCUGCAGGGGGAGCUUUCUGACUUCAUUGUCUCACAGCUGUAGAGCUCCGCACUAAAUAUGUGAAGCUUAUUUUCAGCUGAAUUCUGGUUCACUGCUAAAUCACUAUUGAGUCCAAAUACAUUAAAAUUCUUGUCCCACCUGCAACACUGCAGAGUUCUCUGGAUCUUUACUGUAAAGUUCCAAGAGAACAAACUCAAUUACAUUGCCAGUCUCUGUACAUUAAAUACCAUGAACUGUUGUUUAUCCAUGACCCUGGUGCAGCGCACUACCAUACAGGAGUAUGACACAAGAACUACAUACAGUGCAAAACCCUUACAGUGCAAAAUGAUGCUCCUUUAAAGCAUUUCGCCGUUUGUUGCCAAGUCUGAAUGUGUGAACAUUUCAUCGUUACUUCGGGUAUAACUGGUAUAAAAUUGCCUUUUAAUUUAGAUGGAUGAAUCCUGUGCAGAAUCAGGGUCAUUGAUACUGAAGAAAUGAAGUACUUUCACCAUAGUUUUAGUGAUGCUUUAGUAGGAGAUUUAGUAAAGCUAAACAUGAGUAGCUUUUUAGCUAUUAUUCUUCCUAAGACUUUAGUACCUGUAUUGACUUAAAGACCUACAUGAUUUAGAAUUUGCUCGCAGUUGGAAAUUAACACAAAUUACUUUCAAAUGUGUUAAGAUUCUCUCUGAAAUUGCCAUAAAUUGAAACUUUAUACUUAAUUAAAAAUACCUAGCAAGCUGCUUUAUAUUCUGUUCUUUUAACUGUCACAUGGGCUUCUGUUCUUUAAUUGUAUUACACCACAUCAUAAAUAAACUUUGCAAAAAUCUGA